GUGAUUUUAUGUCUAUACGGGUGAAUUUAUUGGUGUGAAGAUCAGGUCUCAAAAUAUGAAUGGUUAGAAAACCAGCGGGUGACCAUAGCAGCAAUUGCAAUUCAGUGUUCUAAGAGAUGACAAAUUUGCAUCACAGUACAUCUAUGUUGGAUCAUAGCACAACUGAAUUACCAAUGAGAAUUACAAACUCCUUUCCUCCAAGAGGAAUCGUAGCAAAGGUUCUCAACAACUCACAAAACACAAAAGGCAAAUCACUGUAUCUCUAUGGUCAUUUCAAGGAACAUUCAACCCCCAACAUAACAAAGACCAAGAUAAAGAACACAGAGGAUACCCAUAGAUCUGCAUUUUCAUUGCCGCAAACUAUGACCGAAAGAACGUUUAAAACAAGAAAAACACCAAGAUUUUAUACUGUCGAUACAUCUAGUCUACGACGGCACAGCAGCAAGGUCGACCAUGCACUAGAUCGGCUUAUCACAAAAUCUGAUGUGACUGGUCUUCAAGAAAUAUAUGACAGAACAUGCAAGGGAAGCAUAUCAACACUUCAAACUCUGAUUUCAAAGAGGAAGCUAACUCAAAAAUUUGUGUUUGUCCAAAAUGCUGCACCAUUACCCAGGUACCAUCAAAAUCAUAAAACAGCAAGACCAGAACAAAAGCCACACAAAGAAGUAACAGUUGAAGAGUCUGAGAUAAACGUUGACAAACAACUUGGGACAAGGGAGACCACAGAAGCAUUGGACACAAAGACAAACAAACAUGUUCUUCUACCCUCACCUUAUUUCAACCGCAAAAAUGAAGAAAAUACGACUAGCCUUUCAAAAGAGUCAUCACAACAUAUAUACUCAAGUAGCUAUGGCAAAAAUUCAGGUGCAAAACAUGCAUCUAAAUGCUCCAUUGAACCAACAGUUAUAAACCUAAAUUACAAACUCCCAGAAUUACAGAGGAGGGCAUUUUCAGCUAAGAAUGCAGCUAUAAAUAUUGAAAAUUCUAGUAAAAAGAACAGUGAAACUCACAGGACCUUACAGAAAAGCAAAAAGACAAGUAAAGAUUUGAAGCUAUGGACAAGAGGAAACCAUUACUCUCCUGAUAGAACUAUUGCAAAAAAGGAUGAAUAAGCAGCUCAAAACAUAAUCAGUGAAAGUGAAUAUACCUAAGUUUCCUCAAACAGUUUCUCACUAAAAUGUUGAUAUAGUUUGAUUCUUUUGUAUUUAUUUUUUGUAAAAUUCGGUUAAAUUGAACCUAAAUUCUGUGUAUGGUAUACCA